UCAUCUCAAACAAACACACAAGAACACAAAUUAAUACAUGUCCGUCAACUGGUUCUUCCACCACUUGAUGACGAUCACAGGCUUCAAUCCAACGUCUCUUUAGUUACCUGUCAAUCUCCAUCCCGUGCAUGAAACCUAUGAGCAGCGUGCCAUGAACCUGCUCUCCUUCCCUCCGCCGCAGGAAAGCCAACACCAUAUAUAUUGACUAGCUAGCUACUCCAUCCACUGCUCCAUAUUCAUCGCUACUUGGAUCGGUGAUGACCGACGAGUUGUCUAACGCCGCGGGAGGCGGCGCCGUGCCGCCGGAGCAGGGUCUCAAGUGCCCCCGCUGUGACUCCCCCAACACCAAGUUCUGCUACUACAACAACUACAGCCUCUCCCAGCCGCGCCACUACUGCAAGACCUGCCGCCGCUACUGGACCAAAGGCGGCGCCCUCCGCAACGUCCCCGUGGGAGGCGGCUGCCGCAAGAACAAGCGCUCGUCCAGGUCCUCUGCCUCCGCGGCUCUGGUGUCCCAGCGGCACUACCCCGGUGGAGCCUCCGGCGGCCUCGACUUCAUCGCCUCCCUGCCCUUCUCGCCGCCCGGCGCCGCUCCUGCUUUGGGAUUUAGCAAUUUCCCGACCUCCUCUUCCGUCUGCGUCUACGGCGACGAAGGAGGUUUCUCUUCUUCUACCUCUUCUCGCUUCGUAGGCGCCGCCGGCCAUGGGAUUGCGAGCAGCAGCAUCGCCUCGUCGAUCGAGUCGUUGAGCUCCAUCAACCAAGACCUUCAUUGGAGGCUGCAGAGGCAGAGGCUCGCCGUGUUUUUCAAGGACGCGACGUCGUCUUCGGCGCUUUCGACUCCGGCGCCGUUGGGCGCCAUGUCGUCUCUCGACGACGAGGUUUUGGAGCUGGGGAACAGUUCGACGGCCGCCAAGGUCUGCGGCAGCUCCGGCACUGCGGCGUGGCUCGUGGAGCCUUCCAAUUAUGCCAUGGCCAUGCCCGCUACCACCGCAGCCGCCACAUCAGCCCACGACGGCGACGGUAGCAACGGUGGGAUUUGGGGAGGAAGUCCGUGGCCGGCAUGGAGCGUCGACAUGCCGCAAUUUGGCACGCUACCUUAAGAGGAUUAUCUAAUCCAGGUAAUUAAGCUGGGGAUCCAGUGCUGAUUGAAGUGUGUGGAUCGAGAGGACAAUAAUUCUAAUUAAUCUCUAACACGGCUGGGUUGGCUAAUUGUUCAUUCUUCAAUUUCUCCUCCAUAAUCUUCAACUGAUUUGUAAUGAUGACUAUUGAUGAGUGUUUAAUUAACUUGAUGAGAAUUA